AAGAAACAGCGACUCCAACGACCGAAAUUAACGACCGAAAAUUUCGGUCGUUAAAAAGGCGGCCGUAACGACCGAAAUUUUAAUAUUAACGACCGUUUUGUUUAAUAUUUUAAAUCUUAUUUUUUUUUUAUUUCCUACGACCGAACGAAACGGUCGUUAACUUAUAACGACCGUAACUACGACCGUUUUUACGGUCGUUGGUUUUUUUUUUGAAUUUUGAUAUAUUUUUAAUGUAACGACCGUUUCUAACGGUCGUUGUAUUUUAAUUUAUUUAAAUUUGAGUUCUGAUAUUUUUAAGUUUUCGGAAAUAUUUAACGACCGUUUUUUAACGGUCGUUGUAUUUUAAUUUAUUUAAAUAUAUUUAAUAUUAACGACCGAAAUAAUUAUUUAUAACGACCGUGUUUCGGUCGUUGUAUACCGAAAAUUAUUAAUAUUUUAAUUAAAAUUAGCAACGACCGAAAAACGGUCGUUAAAUUGAAAUUCGGUCGUUGAAUUCGCGGACUUAACUUAGGUUUUCUAAUUUUUCCCCCAUUUUCUUCUCCACCCUUUCCUCCUCCGAUUCUCCACCUCCUUCCGCCGAUUUCGCCGUUCCCGACACCGCCGCCUCCGUCCAUCGAACGGCCACCUCCACCGGACGCCGCCGCUGCUGCUCCUCUCCGUCCGACGCGACCGCUGCUGCUUCUCUCCGUCCGACGCGACGCGACCGCUGCUGCUCCUCUCCGUCCGACGCGCCGCCGCCGCCGCUCUCCGUCCGACGCCGCUGCUCUCCGUCGACGUGAUACUCUACGCCCCCUGCCCUCGCCGGACCGCCCCUGCCCUCGCCGGAAAGCUCCUGCCGUUGCCGGAAUAAGAGAUUGUAGAUGGAUGCUUCUACUCAAUCCGGGUCUAAUCCAUCCGGUUCUACUCCAUCUGGUUCGGGUCCAUCCGGUUCUACUCCAUCUGGUUCGGGUCCAUCCGGUUCUGGUCCUAUUUUCGAUAAUAGGCCGCCAGUGGAUGAAAACCCUAAUGUGGAGGAGGAACGUGUUGCUAGUGAUGGGCGGACAUGGGUUUAUUUCACUCGUAGUAUUCUGAGGCCGACUGGAGCUAUUCGGGCUAGGGCGACUGAUAGCUUUCAAGGUAUGCCACAUGAAAGUGGCACCAAUUGGAAGAAUUUGACUGAGGGGAUGAGGGAUUUUUAUUUUGAUGAGUUUGAGAAAGCAUUUUGUUGGGAUAAAACGCAACAUACCAGGCAUGUUAUUAAGAAAGCGUGGGUUAAGUCAGCUCGAGUGGCGUACAAGGAUUACAUCAGCAAUUGCAAGAAGGUCCUGUUGAUACAUAAGAAGAAGAUUGAAUAUCUUCAGCCUAACAUUGAGGCAGCUUGGAGGGCUUAUUGGGCUUUGCCUGCUACUCAGGCAAGGUCUGCUCAGGCGUCCAGGAAUCGCCGCUCAGAGCCAGGCGGUCCGGGUACAGGGAUGGCUAUCCAUCAUGGAGGGUCGCGCAGUGCUUUAGAUCAUGCUGAGCAUCUGGCUCGGGAGAGCAAUAUUUCUUUUGACGAGGCUACUUGGGCGACUUUUCGACGGAUGCAUUAUAAGAAUGGACAGUAUACCGCUGGACGACCUGCGCAGCACGGGUUGGAGGUCGAGAGGCGAUUGGCAGAGCUUCGCCAAACACAGGAAGACGUCACGCCCGUAGAUGUAGAGCGCAUCUUCCGAGAGGUCGUCGCUCCUGAUUCGAGGGGGCGCAUCAUGGGAUUAGGCAUGAUGAUGUCUAGGGCGAUUACUGAGAGCGGCGAUUCGUCGAGCACGCACUCCACUAGCACCUCCCAGUUUCCUUUCCCUGUUGCCUCGAGAGAUGAGCUCAUUACAUUGAGGGAGGAGCUGAGCUCCACACAGAGGGAGCUAGAGGUCAGGAGAGCGAGCGAGGAGGCUCAGAGCAAGGCUAUACAGGAGAUGCAAGCCCAGAUCGCCCUCCUCAUGCGAGGAUAUCAUGCACAGUCCCCCUCCGACGCCUCUGAUGGGACCCACCCGGACCUCUGAUUAUA